AGGAGAGAGAGAACUGCUGCGGAGGGAGGGAAUCGCAGACAGAAAAGAGGAAAACCACGGGCAAUGGUGGAUUCACAUGUCGCAUAGAAGUCGAAUCAUCGAGGAGAUGAGUACUCGCACUACCGUUUCAGAAGUUUAAUUCUGCUCGAAUCAUCAUCAACCUCAGUUGAUGAUGAUUCGAAACGGUUGAACCUCUUUUUUGAUUGAUGUUAAUUUUAUUGGCAUAAGAUUUCAUUGCUCAGUUCAAAGGGUUUAUGGGGAGGAUGGAUGAGACUUCUGCUUCUGCCAUGAAGAUUGACGUCGAUAAGUCGCAAUUUUCUGAUCAGAUCAAUCCCAAUUCCUCAACAAAUGGUGCUGCACCUAUUAAAAUCUGUUCAGAUGAAGCACGGAUUGCGGCAUGGGAGAUACUGCACUCCAGAACCAAUCUCCUAACCUGGCAAUAAACGCAAAUGGGGUCAGAUAUUCUCAGCAGCAGACGCAGCCGCAGCAAUUACCACAACGUCAGCAACAGCAACAGCAGCAGCAACAACAGCAACAACAACAGCAACAACAGCAAUAGCAGCAACAGCAACAGCAACAGCAACAGCAACAGCAACAACAACGACAACAACAGCAACAGAAACUCUAUCCUAAGUCAGCGCAAACUACCAUGGCAUACGUUCCCCCACUGCAUUUAGCAAACAGUGCCCGGCUGGGUAGCCCUGGAGUGAGGGGUAGAGUUGUGGGAAUCACCGAUCCAGGAGUGAACCAUGGUUUCGUUCCAGGUGGAGGGAUGGGCGUGGUGGGUUUAAGAGCUGGGGCUGUUUCAGUUGCGUCAGGAUUUCCCGAUAAUCAGCUGUCUACUGAUGGGCCUGCUAGGAGUAAUGGGGAUACAUCUUCCUUGUCACCUAUUCCUUAUGCGUUCAAUGGAGGUUUUAGGGGGAGGAAAUGCAGUGGGGCUGUGGAGAAGGUGGUCGAGCGGAGGCAGAGGAGGAUGAUUAAGAAUAGAGAGUCAGCUGCAAGAUCACGGGCUCGUAAGCAGGCUUAUACCAUGGAACUAGAAGCAGAAGUUGCAAAACUUAAGGAGGAGAACCAAAAAUUGCAGCAGAAACAGGCAGAAAUCAUUGAAAUGCAGAAAAAUCAGGGUAUGCAGAUCAUGAAAAUGCAUAUUGGACAGGAUACUUCACAAGUAGGCCAGCCUUCAAAGGAUUCUCUCCUUGCUAGCAUUGCAGAAACUGAGCAGCAGUCCAAAUUGACUGCUUGGGUUUCCUUAUGGAAGCAGAGAAUUGAGCAGAAUUUGGAAGUGCAAGAUUCACACACCAUUUGAUAUUCAUGAGUAUGGUGGGAGAGUUCUGGAAAAACUAUCCCUGGAAGCAGAUGGUGGAGGUGGCAUGUCCUUCACAGACAUUGUUGGAGGCCAAGAAAAGCAUGACAUUGCUAGGACUUUCUCUGCACUUCUGCAACUGGUGAAUAAUGGAGAUGUAGAACUUGAUAAAGGUGGCACUGGUGGUGAGCCUGUAUGCUACACAGCUGUAAAUCCAUUUUAUUUGCGUGUGCUUAACCAUGCCAAGAGACAAGAUAAAGUGAAACUUAACCCAUUGAAAAAGAGGGUAAGAUCUCCUUUAAGAGAAGUUCAUGUGAAUGGAGAUGGAGACAAAGCUGGAGAGCAUCAUCCAAAAUUCAGUUUAUCCACCUCCGAACUUAUCUCAUCAGUAAAAUCUUCUAGGUCAAAAAAAAGUUCUCAGUAAAGCUUGAAAAGCUCAACAGGGUAGAUGCACACCCAAAGCAAAGAGAAGACGCAGGUCUUAGUUGAUUGAAAUAGUUGACUUACAAUCUGCUGUGUAACAGGAACUAGUUAUUUCUCAUGACUCAGUUGGCUGUUGCCAGGAGUUCAGGAACAUGGAUAAAAAAUCGUACAUUGUAUUAUAGCAUAUGCAAUCAGUCACUCAUAAUAAAAAGGUAAAUUUCUUUUA